UCGAUUUCGUGCAUGCGUAAUAUAAUUCUAUUCACUGUUUCGUGAAUCGUUGCGCAAUGUUUUCGUUCCAUCAGCUUUUUACAUUUCAUUAGCCGGACGGAAAGUGAUCUAUUAAACAGAUAUCAGAAUGGCUGGGACGGAUUAUGUGAUCGCGCCGCAGAUACCUCGGGGACUGGCACCUGCGAUUGAGGGACUGGCACGGGAAAUCCUGCGGAAACGUCCGCGGGACAUUUACACCUUCGCCGCUCGCCACUUUGAACAAUUGGUGAAGUUAAGGGACAAGGAAUGCGGUGUCAAGCCUCUGGAUCGAAAAUCGUACAAGAACGACUACGUGUUCGACUGGAUAGACCGUAACGACGUUGAAACCCAGAAACGGAUAAUAAAGGAUCUUCGCAAGUACACGCACAGUCUCAACGAGGAUGCGAUAGCGAAGGGACAGCGUAUGAUAUCGACGAUGAGACAAGGAAAACCGAGAAGAAGAGAAAAGGAGAUUUUGAAUGAAAGCGGUUGGUCCAUAAAUCGUACAGUCAAAGUAUUUAAAGAAUACGAAGGCCAGAGAGAAAAUGUAAAAACGCGAACGAACGGGAGAUCGACUAAGAAAUUGGUCCGCGAACCACAUGUAUCAGGAAUCGAUUCGAAGAGAGUGACACUAUCUGGUAACACAUUGAAAAAUAUUAAACGUCCUGUAGAUAAAUUAUAUAGGAGCGUUGGAGAGGAAUGCGGACAGGGUAGAGUGUCUUCGAACAAUUUAAAGAGACAGAGGAGCGCCGAUCAAAUAGAGGCAAGUGAAAAUGCUGCGCUAUUCGUUGAUCGAAGAAGAAGCCGGUCGCUCGCGAAUAAUGAGGACAGAAAUGAAAAUGCGAGGCGCAGGUGCGCGGAAGAAUUGCCUGGAAGUUGGAAGGAAGAGGCUGCGGUGAAAUUGAAUCUCCGGUCGGAUAAGAAAAAUGGAGAAGAACCGAAAGAUAGAGGAGAGAAGUAUACCGUUGAAUCCAGAUCUAACAAUGUUUUCGAUCAAGCUAUAGUGAACGUAACGACUGUCGUUUCGGUAGUUCUACCGUCGGUCGUUACGCGACAGUCCUCCGCGAACAGUGUAAGGAGCGAGGUGCAUGAAUCUAAUGACGAGUGCAAAUCGAGUUUGGUAUUACCACCGAUAACCGUUGAUCCUUGCAAGUCGGUGAAGAAAGAAAGCAACUUGACGUUGCCUUCACUGUCGAACGAAGCCGAUGGUCGGCCGACGAGCAGCUGCGAGGAUGGCUCAAGUCUUGAUCCAAAAGAAAAAGAAUCUACGAAUCUUGGAGCGGAACUCGUGAAUAAAGAGGAAAUCGUUCGGUCCUGGGAACAUUUGAAUAAAUGUGAAGAAACUGUUGAUAAGGAUAAAUUAGACGAGACGCAGCAUCGAACAGGUGUAGUUAAAAAUUUACUGGAGGUCGAAGCCGACGAACAUUUCCAAGACAGUUUAAACGUUACACCUGAUCCUAUCGAUAAUUCGCAGAGAGCAGAUUCCUUGGAACAGAUCGAAACCGAGAAUAAAGAUGAGCCGGAAUUGGAAGAGGGAGCGAAUGAAUUAAAGAGGAAACUGAUUGAAAUAGAAACGGUCGAGAAAAGUAUUGAAAACGCACUAGCCUCGUCUCGGUCAAACGUGAGCUUUGAUCAUGAAAUUCAGGCGACGGAUAUUGAACAAGAAAAAGAUAGUUCAUUACACAAGGAAAAGGAAAUUCAGUUGGACGAUAAGGCAGAUCAGAUAAAAGAAGAUGAAGAUGAAACAAAAUCCGAUAGUGCUAAAGAGAAAGGCAGCAACAAGGAAAAUGAAGAGGAGAUUGAGGAAGUGUUAGAAGUUCCCAUAACUUCUGAUGUCGAUACAAACAUUUUAAAGGAAUCUGUGAACGAAUCCGUCGAUGAUCCUUCGUGUUACGUUUUGAAGGAAGGUUCACCGUGUAAAAUACCGGAAUCGGUGACCACAGUGAUCAUACCGGAUCAAGUGCCGAACGAAAUCGAAGAUUUGAACGCAAUAGAUGAUCUGAACACGUUAGGAGAAUCCGAGAAUUAUCAGCACGAUGAAAGAUUUGGAGAAUACAUAGGACCAGAGGCCCAUGAUUAUCCCUCGGAAGUCGAUGCCCAUUUCUUACGCGACGUAAAGAACACUUCUUACCAAAAUCUCGGAAAUAUCAAAGAGGAAGAGGAAAGUAACGACUUUGCGAAUAAACACGAUUUCGAUCUUCUUUCUUCGAGGACCGUAGAAUCGGUCGACGAGGACAGUGUCGAAUCCGAAGAGAAAAGCUCCGAUCUGAAACAGACUAGUACUGACAACGUUAAGGAAGACAAAUCGCUUCAGACUUCUAUUAAAACCGUCGAGAAGGAGACCCUCGAUGAUCGUUCGAGCGAUCUUUCUCUCUCGCUCGAAAAAAGUGAACCUCAGAUCCCUGAACUGAACUUGGAUUCUCUACAAGACUUGACGGUAUCUUCGUUCGAGAGAAACGAUUCGAAGAAUCUUGAAACCGAAAAGGAGAACGAUAGUACCACGGUUUACGAAGAGGAGAACGGUACUUUAUCCUCUUCUGAUAAUUCAAGCGAAAGAAAAUCGUCUGGCAAAGUCCAACCGAGGGAAGACGAAGAGAAAUCGGAAUCUCAAAAUAAACUUGUCAACGAUGUUAUUCGCGACGAAACUGUACAGACUCUGGAGGAAGAGAUAGCCAAGGAACUUAUACAGAAUUUUAUUCACGAUGAAUCUAUACAUAAAACGAGUGUCGAGGAAGAAGUCAGUGGGGCAAAUAUCGAGGAAUCAGAUGAUACAAAGAAGGUGGAAGAACUUUCACAAGAGUUAAUAAAUGCCGAAACAGUGUCUAGAGAAAAUACAGAGGUUGAUAAUGAAAAAACAGAAGAGGAAAAAAUAGAAGAAAUCGAAAGUGGUGGGAAUAAAAUGGGAGAGAUUUCAGAAAACUCUGAUUUAUGUUCCGAGUCAAAAAUUGUUGAACCAAUCGAGGAAUAUUCACAUCGAGCAGUAAUUGAAGAGAGCGUUGAAGGAGGGGAAAAGGAAAUAGAAGUCGAAGAAAGAGCAGAAGUACAGAUCGAAGAACUAAAGGACGAAGAGGAAAAAGAUAAAGAACGAAUCGAAGAAACCUCGGAGGCUUCCCAUGAUGGACAACAAAGAUACACCAAUUAUCGUCACACUGGAGAGUUUCAUGAUUCUAUACCAUUACCACUUAUCGAAUUUCCAAGACUCGUGUAUCGAAGGACGAGUAUGAUCGACAACGAAGAGAACGCGAGUGUUCCCAGUAUGAGUUCCCUCGAUAGCAACCCUGAACUCACAGUUCCUUACAUCAUAGAUUUAUUAGGGAAGUAUCGAUCGCUCGAUAAGAAACCGAGUCUGGCUGGGUUUAUAAAUAUUUCACCUUAUAUCAUUCGUUUUGAAAACGUACUCCAUGAACCUCAGACCGUCGAUAAGCCCGUUGUAUCAACUGCAGAAACGAGUUCCUCUUUCAGUUCCGAUACCGAUGACCUACGCGAACCAUUAGCGCUUGAUAAUACACCGCAGCCCGUUAUUAUAGAAGAAAUUACGAACGACGACGAAGAAAAAGAGGGGUCACGAGUUACUUCGCAAAAUGAAUGUUAAACGAAAGAAUAUACAAUGGAUAAUAUACACGCUUUAGUGAUAUUUAUUAAAAAAAGAGAUUGAAAUGUAAAUCGAAGGAAACGCAUGCGUGGUCGAUCACGGGUCACGACAGCAGGGAGUCGUCGCCCCGCACGGGCGUAACGUAUUUUCGACGAGUGCGGUACUCGAAGCGAACUUUUUCUUAAAUCUGCUGCGUGAUUCCGUUAAAACUACGCGUUCGACAUGUAUCGUAGCACCGAGGGAGUUGCGAAUGAGAACUGUGCGCGGCGGAACAGAUCCGUGAUCACCGAGGAACAAUCGAAAUAGCAUCAGUGGAGGAACGAGACGUUGCCAGCCAGCGUCGGCAAUGCUAUUUUGCUUGGCGUGAAAAUUAUUUCGCCAGCCGCUAGUUACAAUCUCGGAGGUACGCAAAAAUAAACUCGUCAUAUACUUUACUUGAACGUCCGCAGUUCUCAUGAAGAAACUGAUCACGGUGUUGUUGUUCCUUACGAGAAACAAAUACCUCGUCGUUACUACAUCGUGUUUACAAUAGAACAAAACGUUCCGCAUAUAAAAAAAAAUGGGAAACCAAACAAUAAGAGACGACGGGAGACUGUGAGAAGAGCGAAAUAAAUGGAAGCGUCCGAUAGAAUAUUAUUCUCAUGCGUUAGGUCUUUUAUAUAUUUCGGUGUAUGCACAGAUUUAUUCGAAUAUAUGAAACAAUAAAAAUGAGAUAGCCACGUU